AUGGAAGACAGAUCUCUCAUUACUUUCUCAAUCACAGUCAAACCCAUCUGCGACAAUCAUACUGAAAACCAUAACUACUACGCCUACCCCUACCCCUACCCCUGCCCCUGCCCCUGCCCCUACACUACACUACUCGACUGUCUUCUUCAAGGACUGUUCUCAAGACCUUUCCCAUUCAACACAGCUAGGUUUGGUGUUGGAAAAAACAAGGCUAGGUUCAACGCCGCCGAGCUGUCACAACAAAUGCAACCAGUGUCACCCAUGCAUGGCGGUGCAAGUGCCUACACUACCGAUUCACGACCGAGUCCAUCCGGGUCAACUCAAAUCGAAGCCGUUAGACAAUUUAGACACGUCAACGUCAUCGGCGGGGAACAGGUACACCAAUUACAAGCCACUUGGAUGGAAGUGCAGAUGCGGUGCCAACUUUUACAACCCUUAAAUUAA